GUCGGAGCCUGUACGAAGGCUCCGUGCCAAGAAAUGUCAGCUUUCGAUACACAGACUUACUACGCACUAUAUACCAACGCAUCCAUUGAAGCUUUGAGGUAAAACUUAGCUAUAUCAACCACGUGACUGGGUUUGCACGUGUGUUUACAUCACGUGCAUCAACAACAGAUAGUACAGGUAUAUAUAAUGCUAUUUUAAGACUGAAACUUCAGAUAUUUCAUAGACCUGCGCAUCAGCUGACUCUUUGUUUAGUUCUGAAAUAAGAAUUUUGGAAUGCCUGAAUCUUCACUUCAGCUGAGCGCUAGUUCCAGCGCCAUUAGCUGUACGUCUAACGGGCUUGGCAGUAGCCACAGUGCCGGGAGUUCCUCACAGGGCGGUACGGCAGUUUACAGAAAUAACACAGGGGAAAAGAAAUCUAAAAUGGCCACCUCACAGCCACCUCCAGUUUCAAGCAGUACCGAUUUAAUGACCCAAAGGGCUAUUUUGGAACAAAUAUUUCUUAAACGGGCAGAAGAGGGCGACUUCUGGUACGUUAUCGUAGCAGAAUGGCUUGAACAGUUAAAACGGUAUCUUGGUGUGCCGAGUAACCGGAAGUACUAUCAUCAGAGGUCCUAUCCAGGACCAAUUAUCACCAGACGGGACUACGCACAUACCGUUGACGUAGUACACGAAGACGCUUGGCGCAUGCUCAUACAGUGGUACGGACUAGCGGACGGACACAAACCAAUCAAGUUGGUUGUGUAUGGAUAUAACAGAUCACCAGAUAUUGAACACAACAUCAACGCUUUCAAACUGAUGUUGUCAAAUUCUCCUCCGGAAGAUUUCCACAAUGAGAAAUUCAGUAAAAUGGAGAAAGUUGGACAUGUUGAAUGGAAAGCACGUACCUUGUAUGGUGUAGAGCCAGACAAAAAGACACGCUUGUGGGGAAAACCGGAUGCGGAUGGGGAAUGGAGAGCGCUUACGUGUCGAGAUAAAGCCAUUGGUAAAUGCCUUGACAUUGAUUCCGAUUUCAUUCGCCCGAUAAUCGCGAUGGAGAUUUGUGGGUGUGACGAUAUUUGGGGGCAGACUCCCGAAGGAGUCGAACCGAGUCAGGACCCUUCUGUAGGGCCACUUUACGAACAGGACAUAUUUGAUGACGUCACAAGUACGUGGGAAAUUGACAUUCAUGAUCAAAUCGAUCACAUCGGAAAAAGUGUAAUUGAUGGAUUGCAUAUGAACUUCAGUGCCUUCGUUCAAAGAGCGAAGGAGUUUAUUGACCAAAGAGACGCUCAACUUCGUCAGAGGGAAAGAGAGAUAACACAUUGCGAAAACUUCUCUGACGACACAAGACGGAGACUUGAGGAAAAAGAACAGACGCUGGACGUAGAAUUGGCAUCAUGCCAAGCACUGGCCAAAGAUUACGAUAUGAAAAAAAUAGAGUUAGCUUCCGAACAUGACCAAAAAUUACAAGAACUCGAAGAGCUUGAACAGAGAAGAAAAACCGAUUAUCUAAAGGAAAGAGAGAAAUUUGAUAUCGAAAGGAAGCGUUUUAAUGAGGAGUUAGAGCGAAUCACAGAGAUGAAUGAGAUACAAGAAGGCCGGAUAAAACUCGACAUUGGUGGUGUCCAGUACACGACCUCAUUGGCAACACUGAAAAAAGAUUCUGGCUCGAUGUUGGCAGCCAUGUUUAGCGGACGUCAUCAACUCCGAACCGAGGCUGACGGAAGUUACUUCAUUGACAGAGACGGUGCCCACUUCCGGUACAUUCUUAAUUAUUUGAGAGACGGCGGAAUUAAAGACGGAACUUUGCCUAGCAACGAGAACUUAUGGCGGGAACUGCUUACCGAAGCAGAAUACUAUCAGAUCAGUGGAUUGGUUGAUUAUCUUUACUCUUUACUUUACAAACAAAGCGAACUCUUUAGCGUGGAGGCAAAGGACGAGCCAGAAGACGAGGAGGAAGGAAAUGACACUUUCGUUUAAGAUAUGUUCUUGUAUUGCAUAUGCGAUUGAGAAUCAGAGUGGGAAGACCCCUUGUAUAUGAGGAUGAAUUGAUCCUAAUAUUGAUUUUUAAAAA